AUGCAUUCACCAUCGCCGCAACUCCUGCGCCUCUUGCGCACCUCGCUAGCCAACACCCGUCGCAACUCGAACUUGACUCGGUUCUGCCAGAUCCCAUCAGCAACCGCAGCACCAUGCCUCGUCUCAAAUACUAGCAGCGACAUACCCUCAGCACGCCGCAACUAUAGCUCACCCAUUCGACCAACUCGCAUGAUCCCCCGUUCACACGCGCACAAACCCGUCAGCCGCGACCGCGGGCCAGAGUCAAAAGAAGACACCCAGACGAACUUUGAUGCACUGAACGUGCUGGGCAACAUCCCUGCACCAACCACAGCCAUUGAUGCGUGCCUUGAUUCCGGGUUUCAUCUUAACAAUGGUGUCAAGCUUACCAAUGGCGAUGGGCUGCUGCUGGUCGGCGGUGAGGCAUUUGCGUGGCGGCCGUGGAAGGCCGUCGAGGGCGCGGAGAGCGAUCGUGUCGCUAAGGAUGCUAUGCUCAAUUCAAAAGGGCAGUUUGAGCUUGAUGAGUCGGUCUGGGGGUUGUUGAAUCUUGUGUGGCCAAAGCCUGAUAUGCUCAUUCUAGGUCUUGGUGGCUCGAUGUUCCCGCUCUCACCUGAAACUAGGCGUCAUAUCAACUCAUUGGGCAUUCGAGUAGAUAUUCUCGACACCCGAAACGCGGCCGCGCAGUUCAAUCUGCUUGCUACAGAGCGCGGUGUAACUGAGAUUGCCGCUGCUAUGAUUCCUAUUGGGAACGUGACCUGGGGACGUAUCAUUAUCCCUGCACCGAGGUCAACCCGAUUCGACUACUUAGAUCUUGUCUUUACAGCAGCUAUGGCGCGGGAAGAGUCCCUCGUACCUCCUCGCGUGUCCUCUGAUGAUGGCUCAUCGAUCCCAAAUGAGGAGGAGGAUUACGCUCUUCUAACCGGUGAGCGAACGGCCACUGAAAACAAACGAGGCUGGCCUUCCUGGCGGGAAAUUGGAGUGUUUUCCUGGGCCCUUAUUGCAACGAUUUUGGUAAUUGUGCUGGCCGUGCUUUACCCGCACAAGUCAGCGGAGCCUCACGGCCAUCAUGGGUCAAACACGACCUGGGGCCCUGGAGGCAAGCCAACAGGCAAGCGGAACAUGAUAUUCAUGGUGUCUGAUGGCAUGGGCCCUACCAGUCUCUCGCUGACUCGAAGCUUCCGGCAAUACACGCAUGAUCUGCCGUUCGAUGACAUCCUGGUCUUGGAUAAGCACUACAUUGGAACUUCGCGAACACGUUCAAGCUCUAGUUUGGUGACAGACUCUGCGGCCGGAGCAACUGCCUUUUCGUGCGGUCGCAAGAGUUACAAUUCUGCCAUCUCAGUGCUUCCUGACCACUCGCCUUGUGGUACUGUGCUUGAGGCGGCUGCGUUGGCGGGUUAUAAGACAGGUCUGGUUGUUACUACUCGCCUGACGGAUGCAACUCCAGCAUGCUUCGCUGCGCAUGCCAAUUUGCGAAACUACGAAGAUCUGAUUGCCGCCCAAGAAGUUGGAGAACACCCUCUCGGUCGGGUAGUAGAUCUUAUGCUUGGCGGUGGGCGAUGCCAUUUUUUGCCCAACUCACAGGCUGGCAGCUGCCGUGGUGAUGAUCACGAUUUGAUCAAGGUUGCCUCUGAGAAUGGGUUUGAUUACAUCGAUGACCGUGCAGGCUUCGAUGGCCUCAAGGGCGGCGACAAUGCCACUUUGCCUCUGCUGGGUCUCUUCGCUCACGGAGAUAUUCCGUAUGAGAUUGAUCGACGUACUCAAAAUGACACCUAUCCCUCUUUGGAGGAGAUGACCCGCACUGCCUUGAAGGCCUUGAGCAAAGCGACCGAGGACAGCGAGCAAGGGUUCUUCGUCCUGAUCGAAGGUUCUCGGAUCGACCAUGCCGGCCAUGGCAAUGAUCCCGCCGCCCAGGUUCACGAGGUACUGGCAUACGACAAGGCCUUUGCUGCCGCUCUCGAGUUCCUAGAGAACGACUCCACCCCUGGCGUGAUCGUGAGCACAUCCGACCACGAGACCGGUGGUCUUGCCGCAGCACGACAGCUUCACAAGAGCUAUCCUGAGUACCUGUGGCUUCCUAGUGUCCUCGACAAAGCAAGCCACUCUGGCGAAUACCUUGCUGCUCGACUUAAAGAAUACAUUUCUGGGCCAGGCAAGGACGCCAAGGAUUCGACUAAGCAGUCUUGGGUCCGAACCCUUCUUAAGGAUGGCCUUGGCAUCGAUGAUGCUACAGACAAAGAAGUAGAUGCCUUGCUCCACCCGGAUCCUCAAGUCACUCCGGCAUAUGUGUUCGCGGAUAUGAUCAGCCGCCGCGCCCAGGUGGGCUGGAGUACUCAUGGACAUUCUGCUGUUGACGUCAACAUCUAUGUCUCCUCUAGCAAGGACGCUUGGCCAUUGGUUGGCAACAAUGAGAACACCGAUGUGGGCAACUUCCUUGCUGACUAUCUUGAUCUCAACGUCGACAAUGUCACAAAGUUGCUACAAGACACCAAGUCUGGAGCCUUGCAAUCAUACGACUGGAUGGGUGAUCGUCUAGGAUUGAACUUCCACACUGAUGGACUAGACACUUACCAUGGAGAUUUCAGGAAGCGUUCCGCCGAUGAUUGUGGAUGCGGUGCUUCCCAUUAA